AUGAAAGCCACCGUGGAGCUAUGGAUGAACUCCCAGAGUGAUUCUGAUGGAGUGUAUGAUGCAGGCAUCAGGAGACGCCCCACAGCUCCACUCCCUGAGGGCCUGCCCGGCGCUGUGUCUACCUGCCCAGGGACAGCAGUUAUGGAGGCUGGCCAUUUGGGAUCCCAAAAUGUGCAUUUUAAACCCAAAUUCACACCCCUCAUGUUUAUUUGGGUCAUCAUGAUUUUCAUGUUGUACAUAUGUCUGGAGCACUUCAUAUGCCCACACAUCCCAGGUUCUCAAUCACAGCUUUGUAAUUUUUAA